UCACACCACAAUCAUUCAUAAGGCAAAGCAACACAUAUAUACAAGCCAGAGAUAUGCAUCUAUAAUGUGACAUAGCUAGCACUUCAGACAGAUGGGGAACAACAUAGGAGGAAGAAAGAAAGCAAAGGUGAUGAAGAUCAACGGCGAAACCUUCAUGUUAAGGACUCCAAUACAAGCCCGGGAAGUAGUAACUGACUACCCCGGUCAUGUAUUACUGGAAUCCGAGGCAGUGAAGCAACUUGGCAUUAGAGCUAAGCCAUUGCAACCACAACAAGAAUUGAAGCCCAAUAAAAUAUAUUUCCUAGUAGAGCUGCCAAAAGUAUCCGAAGAUAAGAUGCCAAGGCGUGUAAAAUCCGGUGUACAAAUGAGUGCAGAGGAGCGGCUUGAGUGCCUAAUGUUAUCGCGAAGAUCAAAUUCAGAUCUUAGUGUUGUUAGACAGCCAAAUCCUCUGUCUGGUGGGCAGGGUAUGAGUUCGGGUCCCCUGAGGGUUAAAAUGAGGCUGCCAAGGGCUGCAGUGGCUAAGUUGGUUGAAGAAAGCAGAGAUGAAGCAGAGGUGACUAGUAAGAUCAUUGAUCUUUAUAUGGAGAAUGCCGGCAAAGUUGAAAGCGCGGCCUUGGACAAAGAUCAAUGGAAGCCUGGUCUUGGUAGCAUUAGAGAAAGUUUCAAGGCACAUGAGGUAUCUCUUUCGUGAAGUACCAAUUUGUAAUGCUAUGUUUCUUCAAAUCCUCUAUAAUGUAGGUUCUCAGAAGUGUGAAAUAGGUCAAUGAGCACCAAAAUGAAAUUGGCCUUUAGUUUUAUAA